UUCGAAAAGAUGAGGUCGUCCCGGAAUUUGACAUUUAGCAUAUUCAUCCUCAUUGGAGUUAUCAGUGUCGGCUUGGAAGCUCGUCGCCUGGUCCUGCGACCCUUGACGCCGAGGGAAUUGCGAAAUGCUCUGGAUGAAUCUGGAAUUGGUUCAGAAUCUGCAGCUGGAAAGUCUGUGUCAUCGGCUUUUGCAGGACUCACUGGCUUUGCCUUGGGCAUUACAAAGGGCAUCGGAGGCUCAAUCCUGUUUGAUGUGGUCACCUCUAAUGUCACCAUUGAUUACAUUACGAGUUUGCUGAACUCCACUGCCAAUUCUACGAGCAGCAGUGGAACCGCCCAGGAGAUCUGCUUCAAUAGUCGGAGUGUCGACGGGGAGGUCAUUAAUGGCAGAAGCAACGAUGACGCCUACGUAGAUGACAGUGUAUAUCCAUCGGGAGAGUGGAGGCAAACGACAUCGGGUACUGGUACUGCUGCUACUGGGACAUCGACUGGUACUACGACUCCUACGACUACUUCCGGCUCUAAUGGAGUCACCUGCAUUGUCCUAGGCUCGAAGGGAUAUCGUCGCAGGCGCCUACUGGAGAUAAGACCAGGAACAUUACCUAGUCGCUCCUCAAAUCGAUUGAGAAAGUAUCGCAGGACAAGGUUUUAA